UUCCUUUCUUAGUGGUGGCUAUAAACUGAGCAGGGAGCCUUACUUGCAACUGGCUUUUUGUUGGAGGAACGCCUUCUUGUUCACACAAGAUUACAGCCUAGAAGGACAUGGCUCAGCGCUACCUGUGGAUCUGGCUCCUUUGCCUGCAAACCUGUCUGGAAGCAGAAGGAAGUGACACAGACGUCUUCAUGGUGAUUGGGAUUCUGGGGGAGUCAGUCACUUUCCCCUUAAAUAUCAAAAAAUCACAGCAGGUUGUCAACAUUGUUUGGAACUCUGAAACAUCUGUUGCUUUUGUAACGCCAGGAGACUCAGGAACAGCACCCAAAGUUACUGUGACCCACCAAAAUUAUAAUGACCGAAUAAAUGUCUCAUGUAAGAACUACAACCUGGAGAUCAGUAAUUUGAGGAUGGAAGACUCAGGCAUCUACAAAGCCGACAUAAAUACAAAGAUCCUUGAAGGGAUGAUCACCACCACCAGGCGCUACAACCUUCAGGUCUUCCGUCGGCUUGGAAAGCCAAAAAUUAUGCAGAGUUUAAUGACGUCUAUGAACAGCACCUGUAAUGUCACCUUGACAUGCUCUGUGGAGAAAGAAGAAGAGAAUGUCACAUAUAGUUGGAGCCCCCUGGGGGAAGCGGGGAAUGUAAUUCGAAUCUUCCGGACCCCCGACAACCAAGAGCUGACUUACACGUGCACAGCCUGGAACCCCGUCAGCAACAGCUCAGACUCCAUCUCUGCCCAGCAGCUCUGUGCAGACACUGCGGCAGGCCUCCAUUCUCGCCGCACCGGGCUGCUGAGCGGGCUGGUGGUGCUCCUUCUCUUUAUACUCAUUGUGCCUUCGGUACUUUUGUUCCUUUUGUGCAAAAGAGGACAAGGUAGGAUUUUUCCAGAAGGUUCCUUCUUGAAGCCCUUCAGUAAGAACUCUGAUGCCAUCUCAAAGAAAACAAUAUACACCUACGUCAUGGUUACAAGAGAUGCCCCGCCGGCAGAGGGCAGAAUCUACGAUGAAAUCCCCCAAUCCAAGGCGCUCCCUGCCAAGGAGGAGCCGGUGAACAAGGUUUAUUCCACAUUGCAGACUGAUAAGAUGGGGAAAACCAGCUCUCAGGACGGCAAACCUCCUGGGAUUUCAACCUAUGAAAAUGUGAUCUAGGCUCAUGGCCAGCAUUCUCCCUGUGGACACUGAGCUUCAACAACCAUCGAUACCCAGGCAGAUGCCCCGGACCCAGACUUUCUCUGCGUACGUCUUACCCGGAGAUUGCAAACCAUCACGCCCCAAUCUGUGACUUUUUUGUGACUGGAGGUGAUGAGCCUUCCCAGCAACCCCCUAUGUAGACAGGAUUGGUAUUUUGCACACCUGUACCAGGCCAUGGCACACCACUUAGGAUGCUCUGAUCAUACUCAAUGUCUGUGGGGAGCCCUGGGGCACGGCCUCCACAGUCCACACAGCACCUGAGACAAAUUAGGCAAAAGCACCCUUCCCCCGAGGCAGAUGCAGCCCCUCCCAAGCACGUGGCUUGAUGAGUAGAGUGUGGGCUGCAUUUCAGCCUCUAUGUGCCCCUUUGCCCAGGAACCUUUGUGCAGGGGCGGCUGGCUGGCCCGGCCCGCCCAUACAUGAUGGUGUCACACGGGAAGCCAUGGGAGGUGUGGCUCUCGGCUGUGCAGACACACUCUCCAGAUGGAGGGUUGGAAAAUGCUCCUUCUGUAGGGACUAGACAGCUGCAGCAUUUUUCUUCAGGCUCUACUUCAGAAGCCUCAUAAGAUUUUCUUUCUGGCCAAGCUUUCAACUUGACUGGGCCAUUCAUGGGGUGCCCAGACAUUUGGUUAAACACGAUUCUGGGGGGGAUCUAUGAGGGCAUUUCUGGAUGACAUUAACAUUCGGAUUGGUAGAUUGAGUAAAACAGAUUAAUCCCCACUCCAGUACGGGUACAUAUCACCAGAUCCAUCAAGAGCCUGAAUAGAAGAAGAAGACAGAGUAAGGGAGAAUUAAUUCUCUCUGCCUGGCCAUCUUAGAGCUGGGAUAUCAGUCCUCCUGCCUUAGGACUUGGACUUGGACUGGAACUUACACCAUCAGCUCUCCUGGUUCUCAGGCCUUUGGACUUAUGCUGGAGAACUACACCAUCAGCGGUCCAGCUGCAGACCUUGGGAUUUCUCAGUCUUCAUAAGCACACAAGCCAGCUCCUUGUUAUAUCUGUUUCCUGUUGGUUCCAUUUCUCUGAAGAACCAGACUAAUACCUAUUCCAAGCAGCCUCGGCAAGAAGAAGAGACCGUACUCAGUACCCCAUUCACCAAAAGGACUUGACCAGCUAUAUUUCUGACACUUUAGGGGGGCUGAGUACAACCCAACCAUCGAAACAAGAGACCUUAAAAGAAGCGGGUCAUUCUUCAGAGGGAACUUGGCAGAUGAUGGUGUAGAUGAUGAAACUGGCUUCACUUCACCUCUGUUACUAAGGUUCAGUCCAGAGAGUCACUGCUUCAUGCUUUGGUUCGAUGCCCCUGAGCCCCCGCCACCAGUGCUGAGAAGGAAUCACCCAUGGCUGAGCAGAACAUUCAAGUGAUCGUAUGAAGAACCGUUUCCCUUAUGUGUGAGCACCCAUAACCAGCUAAAUCCUAAAUCCCCAUGAACAAUCCCAGGCUGGGCAGCAGAAGUGAGCUGCAUUUAGGCAGAAGGAAGGUGUUAGUCUCAGUGAAUGGUUCCAUUGAACCAUCUAGCCCCGACCACCAUUAGCACUGUGUUGGGGGAUGCAAGACCUCCAAAGUAUCAGAUGAGCGUAAUGUCUGCCCUGGUCUAGCUGCCCCGUGCAAGGCAAGCGCGGACACUAUAGUUAAAUGCUGAAUUACACGUUUUGGGGAGUGGCAGGAGCUAGUACAGUCAGGGAAGUCUUCAUGAAGGAGGUGGAGCUGAAGCUGGGCUCUGGAGGAAGGGUAGGAUCUGGCUGAGAAUGGAGAAGACAGAUGGCAUCCAACUGAGGAAGGCACAAGAAAGAAGCAGAGGCUGAGUCGGCAUGAUGUGUUUUGGGCACCACCCCAGAGGCACUGAGCACGUUCACAGUCCCUUGCCUAUGAUGGCAGAGUGCCUCUGCUUUGGUGUGCCGCCCAACCCCCAGCCCUUUCCACACACAUGAACGCUCAGCUCAAAUGUCACCUCCUCUGUGAAGCUCUCCCUGGCAUCACUGGUCAAAUUAAUUAUGGCUCUUUUUGCCCUCUCCCCCCCCCUUAGUCCUUAUAUCACUGCAACUCAUUUUUUUCUGCUUCACGGUAUAGAUCAUUAUUUGUUUCCCUCCACACUGUACAUACUGAAGGGCAAGAUCCAUGACUUCAUGACCAUGGAGAGUGAUCACGAGCGAUGAAAGUUUUAGUCCCCUGUGCGUCCACCACCAGCCAACGUUUUGCCUUGUACCCUGCCUGUGAGCAAUAAAUGCUAUUGAAUAGAAUUGAAAAUGACCAGCCAGCUCAAAUAGAAAGUACACGUUGCAAGUAUGGAUAGAAGCCAACAAGCAUAGUGGAAUCCAAUUAUGGCAAGUGUUAAAUGUCAGAAUGCAGACGUCAGUGUAAGGACGUUUUGGAGGGAAAAGACUCUCAGAGUUAGACCAGCGAAGACGUCACCUGAAGCCAUGAACCAGGGGUGAGCGAAAGGCAGUCACUCCAGGGAGGGAAGGAAGAAAUAAGGAGACUUGUCAUAAGGAUGGAGAAGUUCCAAAGGGGACACCGAACAGGCUGGAUUUCCCCUAAAAUAAAAGCAUGCCUCGCCUUUGUGUGAGCUGAGGGACCGCUGCUGAACAUGGUCCUUCUCUAAACUGUCCUUGCUUCACCCUGGUGCGUUCACCCAGUGACAUUGCUAGUGUCCUACAGCCCCAGUGGCAAGUAGGGGAGAGGAACAGAAGGAGAGGCCAGAGUUCCUUGGGUCUUCCGGGAGAACAAGCCUGGGAAGGAACUAGUACCCAGGAAUUCUUCAUGUGGCCUUUGGGAUUUGGGACCACUGAGCUCCGGUCUCUCACUUUCUUUUCUCUGACUCUUCUGAUUUAUGAAGAUAUAAGCUACUCACCCCGUCCCUAAGGGCUUGGUUCUCAGCUUCUCCUUCUGUAAAAUGGGUGUGAUCCCAUGUAUCACACUAAGAUGGGCCAGUUUUUACGAAGGUGCAUUGAAAUUGGAACCUUGGGCGCAGGGCCCUCUAGUGGCAAGUGCCGGUAAGGCAGCACAAGCCAGGCACCUGCGGGUCCACAUGGGCUUUCGGCAGAGAACAGAGAACAGGAGAAACAGCGCAGCGAAUGCCUCUCAGAAAAAGAAAGUGAAGCCGAUUUAAAAUGUGAUGCUUUUAAAAAAGUUAUAGAAUGCUCUAAACUGCACAGCCCACAAGAGAGGAGCUUGGCUGGGCCACUUUGGAAACCCAGCAAAGAAAGGAAGGAGCCUGAUUGGUCUGGUGAUUCUUUUUUCCUCUUUUUUUUUUAAGAUUUUAUUUAUUUGAGAGAGAGAGUGAGAAAAAGCGCGCGCGCACAAGCGGGGGGAGGGGCAGAGAGCGAGGGACAAGCUCCGCCUACUGAGCCCCACGCGGGGCUCAAUCCCUGGACCCCGCGAUCAUGACCUGAGUGGAAGGCAGAAGCUUAACCCACUGAGCCACCCAGGCGCCCCUGGCCUGGUGUUUUGUAGGUUCAGCCUGGAGAAAAGAAGUGGCUGGGCCAUAUUUUCUUCCAGAUCUAUUACUUUUCUUCUACUUGACCUUUCCCGGGUGCGAGUAACUUUCUCAAGAACCCUUAGAGACAGUUUCUACUGGCUGUAAAAUGAAGUUUGGAGGAGAAGGCAGAAGGCAGAAGGGUACUGAGUGGUCCCAAACGCAGGCUUCGAUGCUGGAGUGCCUGGGUCUGAAUCCUGGUUCCUUCGUUCUGUGACCUCAGGCAAGUUAGGUUCACCUUACAGUGCCUCGGUGUUCCCACCUGCAAAAUGGGGACAGUAAUAGCUCCUGCUGUGUAGAGUUAGUACGAGGCAGCACUGUCAGAAUAUGCCUAUAAGCUGAUCUUACAGGCUUGAACCUUCAUCAGGUGCUGAGCCUGUAUCAGGUUCUUGCAGCACAAAUGUAGCUGAUAUUGUGCUCAAUUAGUGUUUAGUUAAGUGAACUUAACUCCCAGUCCUCCUACACCGAUGCUUGUUCCUCCUGUCAUUUCACUUACCAUGCUACCCCCCCUGCAUCGGCUCCCCAGCCAGACGGAGAGAACAAGGGCUGGUCUGAAUAAUAAUAAUGCCAACAGAGACCUCCUGAGGGCAGGGAGACUGUAAGAGUUAAUUAACGGUUUCCUUUGUAUACCAAUUGCUAUACUAGAUGCUUUUUACAACUCACAACAACAACAAUUCUUCCAGCUUAUGUUAAGACUGAGGGAAUAAAUACCUGGCAAAAUCAGGCAGCUGGGGAACACAGGACUUGAAUUCAAGACUUCUUGUCACAAAGAGCCACAUACUUGCACCUGACCAUGCACUUGAGCCUUCCUAUACCUGGCUCUGGACUCCCAGCACCGGGCACUUUUCUUGACACUUCAUAGGUGGACCACAAAUAUUUGUUGAAUGAAUAUGUAUGUAUAAUAAUAUUUUAAAGACACCAAGAGCAGCUCCAAGUAAAUGUAUUCAUAUAUUAAUUCCGUUGUUGUCUGGAUAACCACUCAACUCUUCUACUAGAAACACCCAUUAAGAAUCUUGAGUAGAGCUCACUGUCUGCAUUUUGGGCAGAGCUGGUUUCACAGCCAAUAAGGGAUCUAGGUCAUAAACACUGCUGAUGAGUUGUUAUGAGAGAAAAACUGUGCAAAUUUCCACUAUUAAUAUCAGAAGAAUAACGAAAACAGAAGGAGAGGUAAGAAUUUAUGAGUUGUGCAACACUAUUUAAAAGUUUAGAAAAAGCUGAACCUUUAAGUUUUGAUGACCCACCAUACUCAUAAUAGCUAACAUUUAUUGGAGCCUACUAUGCACCGUUCCCCACCCGAAGGUUUUAUAUGUACUAACUCAUCUAAAGCCCACAUAGGAAACAUUAAAAUUCAUCUAAUCCCUGAAGAUGCAAUCCUCCUUCACUUUACAAAUUAAGAAACUGAGUCACAGAAAGACUCAGCAACUAGUCCAAGAUACUAUGGAAACCAGGACUCCACUGCUGGCCUCCCAGGUCCAGGGGCUGGGCACCGAGCCACUGUUCUCAGUGCCUCCCCUACCCACAGCUUCCCAAGGCAGGAAACUUGUAUUCUUGACUCCAGAUGCCCUACGUCUAAGCAGUCACUAGGUCUUGUCAAGUCCAACUCAACCAUGUCCCCUCAAUCUGCCUAGCCUCCCUCCCGGUGUCCGUUCUCCCAGGUCAUUCCUUUAUCACAUGUGACCUGGGCUGUUAUCACAUAAAGAGCAAUCUUUCCAAAAUGCUCACCUUAUCGCUUUAUUUUUCUACUGAGAAAUUUUUCCUGUGGGACCAGACUCCUGAGCAAUUUGACCCAUCAGACUGUCCGGGCCUUUCUCCUGCUUCCUCCCUAAGCUGCAGUCACACAGAAGUACGUGGGUUCAAGAACCCACCAAAUCCUUUCCUGCUCUAUGUCUUUGCCCACGCUGUGUCCUGUGCCUGGAAAACCUUCUCUCCUUUCCAUCUCUAGCUAUUUUAUACUCAAGGACCAAACCAAGGAUCCCUCUUUGUGUAGAACUCUGAACCCCCCCAACUCAAAGCUAAAUAUAUAGCUCGCUUGUAAAUUUCCAUUAAUAAAGUAUUUAUUGCCCAUAAAUUUUACCUCCUAAGUGCCUAAGAAAUGAGACUACAGGCUCCAUUUCAGCAGGUAAACACAAACUAUUCGAUAAUGCACCUAUUUUUGUGUGUGUCUUACUUUGUUUUUGUUUUUCAAGAAAAGAGACCAAGCAAGUAGCAAAGAAACAGCAAAGACUCUCCAACAUGACAAAGGGCCUGUGCCGUCUGAAGCCUCAGGCCCUGAGUAGCCAGAAAGGGACUGUGGGGUUGAGGGCAGUAAGACAGAAAUUGAGGACGAGGAAGUCUACUGUGAGAGAGAUGACCAGGACCCCGAGAGAGGAUGGAAAGCUAGCCACUGGGAGGGCCAACGCCAGAAGCAAGAAACCAGAGUGCAGCACAGGCACGUGGCUGGAGGAAGGGAAGGCAACUCUGCCUCCAUCAUCCUAAAGAUAGGAAACUGGGCACUUAAGUCACACCUCCCUCCAGGACAAGAGCUUUGCUUUAUUCAUCUUGUUGUUCACUGCAACCAUGAUAGAAGCUAGUGCCUAGCAGAGCUCCAUAAACAUAUGAAUAAAUAUUUGUUGAACCAAACUCAGAUUGGGACCCAGACACUGGGAUUCUCCUUUUCAGAGUCUGGGUCUAGGGAAUGGAGAGCAGAGGUUGUGUGGGUCGCUCACGGUGCCACUUGGAGAAAGCCCUGGGCUUUUCAGUGAGAAGAAUGCGCUGUGGUUCCCUCACAACUGUUGGUGCAGGACCUCAGGAUGUUUUGUAAAACCCUGAAGGAGAAUGGACUUGCUAAGAGGUGGUGUGUGAGAUUUCAAAUGGAAGCUUCUAGAUCUGAAAACACCUCCAUAACUCCCCGCUGAUCAGAGAAGCUCCAGAUCCUCUGCUCUGAGCAGCUCUUUGCAGAUGUGCUUGGGCUCCCAGCUACCCCAGCUACAUCUCCACAUCCCUUUCUUGUUGGGCUGAAAUUAAGCUGCUACCCUGAAGAACUUCAGAGUCCCUUUGUAGAAACUCUGUAAGCAGAUACAGAACUACUUGAGAAGAUUUUUUUAAAAAAUUGGUGGCGUUUUCCCAGUGCCCUGAGGUUCUGGCACAUUUCAUUUAUUUUAGCCUUAUGCGUUAGCCCUAGGACCCUUUCUCUACCUCUCCUCCUUCCCCUCACCACCUCCAAAUCCAACGCCCCCUACCACUCAUCCCUCAAUGCUCAGUGCAAACGCCCCUUCCUGGGAGCAACUUUCCCUGCUCCUGCAGACCAUGUUUGAUGCCCACACUUUGUUCUCAUUGUACUACAUGUCUUUCCUUCACAGAAGAUUUCAAACUUUGUCUUUAAA